AUGGAUGGGAAGUCGGUGAGUCGUGAGCGAUUGGAACAGCUCCUGCCCGCUGCCUACGACAGCUACCAGCUCCUGGUUCCCGCCCUGGACCUCAUGGUACACAACCGCAUUGAGACGCUCCGUCAGCUAAACCAGAUUGCCGACGCGCUAGACAAACGACAUCGACUGGGGAACAUUGCUAAGGUGGCCGGGUCUGCUACCGGGAUAUUGGGCUCAGCUGCAGCCGCCGCUGGCGUAGCGUUAACACCCUUGACGCUGGGGGUUCGGCCUGGUCUUAACGGCCGGCGGGGCAGCAGUUGCCACCCUCGGAUCAUUCGCAACACUGGGAGCUCACGUGACCGAGAAAGUGUGCGAGAAAAUCGACUUGGAGACGGUUCAGCGGGCGAUCGACGCGGACAAGCGGCAGUGUGAGGCCGUGAAGGAGCUCUGGAAGGAGUUUGAGAAUUACUGCGACGAGUAAUAAACACUAUAGCGCUAGCUGACCCCUCACGAGAAUCCGACAUGGCCUCGAUCCAAACAUGGACACAGGUGGCUCUUGAAGAAAUCACUCAUUCAGUCAUCUUCAUUGCCGAAGCAUUUGAGAGCAUUUUUAGUUGCUUGGAAGGUAACGUCCUCGUCCAACAAGUGGGCAAAGAUCUGUGCGAUGUUUUAGGAGAGACGGCGUGCUAGAUUGAUCACUAACCCAAGAGAAGCUCUACGCAGCGUUGUGUCGAGGUUGAAAGUGAGUUUGACAAAGAUGGCUGGAACAAUUGCCUUUAUGGCGAUAGCUGACUGUCUUUCUGGGCAACGUUAUCGUGCUUGUAAUGACGCUCAUCGACCUGCAUAAGGGCUCUCCAUCAAAAGUGGCGAAGGAUCUCCGCGAGAAGUCGACCCAACUCGAGAAAGAGCUAAACUGUUGGCUGGAUGCCUUUGGAAAACCAGUCAGCAACUAACUUUUAAUCUUAUCACUUUUU